AUCUUAACAAUAAAUAUGCAGACCGUUUUAUCCACUUCAUCUUUCUUCUUCUCUCCUGCUAAACCCUCUUUAGCUUUACUAAUUCUCUCCCUAAUUCCUCAAUCAAUUACAGAAUUCCCCCAUUUUCGUCAUUCUAGGGUUUUAACACACUUUCCGAAGAAUGUGAGAUAUUAUUCUCUCUCCACUGAGCAAAGCUUCAACAGCUCAAAUUGAGAACAAAAGCAAGAUAAAGAAAUAAUUUUAAGUUGGGAAUCUUAGCCUGACAAUGUGUUGUUGUGGUUAUGAGCACUUCCAUAGUGUUAAUUGACAAUUUUAUGGUCUUUAAACCUAGCUUAUGCACUUCAAUUCACAGGAAAAACAGCAAUUUGUUGCCCAAUUUCAGGGUUAGGGAAGAUUUUGGUAGAAGAAAUAAUCGGAUUUUAGGGUUAGUAGUUCCAAAUGCGAAGAAAAAGGGGCUUAAUUCGAGGAAGAAGAGCUGGUGGGAGAGGUUUUUCUUUGAGGAAGAUGGGAAUUGGCUUGGUUUAAGGGAGGAAGAUUUGGAAGGGGAGGAGGAGAGAGAAUAUGAAGUUGAGGGCUCUGAUGAGAGAGAGGGGAUAUCAGAGGAGGAGAGAUUCGAGGCGUGGAGGAAUCGGGCGGAGGCGCUAAUUGAGUUGAGAGAGGUUCAAGAGGGGAUUAGGAAUGAGGAGAGUAGGAAUUGGGAGGAUUGGCUAGUUUCUGAUGGGGGAAAUGGUGUGGUUAGGAAAGAAUGGGAUUAUGAUGAUGAUGAUGAUGAAGUCAGUGAAUUAAAGGAAGAAGAUAUUAAAGGUGAUCUUGAUGAGAUGAGGCCUGAGAGGGGUUUGGUUAAGACACUUGAGAAUUUGAUUCUUGGAAAAGAGGAUGAUGAUUUGUUGUACGAAGACCGCAUUUUUCAAUUUGCUUGGCGGAAUUCGGCUAAAUUUUUGGCUGUUUUGGUAGUUGUUCCUUGGGCAUUGGAUUUUCUUGUUCAUGACUACGUGCUUCUGCCUUUUUUAGAUAGAUAUGUCAACACUGUACCACUUGCUGCGGAGUUGCUUGAUGUGCGUAGAGGUCAAAAGCUUGAAAUGGUGAAGGAAUUAAAUUCUGAGAAAGCAAGGCUUCGGUUUGAAGCUGAGAUAGGCAAAGCUCCUCCACUUUCUGAGGAGGAGACAUGGUGGGAAUUGCGGCAUAAAGCGUUAGAGUUGCGAGAUGAAUGGAGGUUAACUAAUCGGAUAGCAUUUGCCAACAUUUGGUCUGAUAUGGUCUUUGGGAUAUCAUUGUUCCUCCUGUUGUACUUCAACCAGAGUAAAGUUGCUUUACUGAAAUUCACGGGAUAUAAAAUUAUCAGCAACAUUUCAGACACUGGAAAAGCAUUUCUCAUUAUUCUCAUCACUGACAUUUUUCUUGGGUAUCAUUCUGAAUCAGGUUGGCAGACUGUAUGUGAAGUCAUUGUUGAGCAUUAUGGCCUAGAGGUUGAUCAGUCUACCGUUACAAUAUUUAUAUGCCUGGUUCCAGUUAUUAUGGACGCCUGUGUGAAGCUUUGGCUGUUCAAGUUCCUGCCGAGAUUGUCCCCGAAAGUAUCUAAUAUCUUCCAAGAAAUGAAACGUCAUUGAAGAUAUAUUUUCCACCAAUAACAUACAGAAUAAAGGAAGCACGAGCAUUUUUUGCCCUUCAAAUUCUUUGGCCCUCUUUAUUCAGAGGCAUCUGUCAGAGACGAUUACAUUGGAGAUAUACAUUCAGGCUUACUGAGAUGUACAGUAUGAUUCCUAUUGUUGUAAAGUUCACAAUUUACUUUUCAUUUUGUUACGAGAUUGUCGAACUCAAUUUUUUGGUGGAGGGCGACCAUGAUAUGAUCGAUUGAAAUCAUUAGAGAAAAAAGAAACAUACAAGCUUUCAGCGGUUA